CCAAUCUACUGAAGCAAUCAAGCUCUACGCUGCGAAAUUUUCUUCCAAGCAGUUGGAAAAACCACUAGACAAGCGUAACAAAGUGGUUGUUUGCUCAGCCAAAUCACCGGACGAGCUUUGGGUCCAGUACCCCUGUUAUGUAGAAGAGUUGGAAGAGGUGAUGAGGAACGUUACGCUGUCUUCUCCUGAUUCUGACCCCGUAAUUAAUCCAGUGGAAGGACGGCCAUGUGUCGCUGUUUUCCCUGAAGACAGCAGUUGGUACCGAGCUCAAAUAUUGAAAGUACUGCCAGGCAAGAUUAAGAUCCGCUACGUCGAUUUUGGAAAUACCAUAUCAAUGCCCAACACUCCUGAAUCCCUUAGGAAGAUGGAACAUCACAUUAGCGAACCUCCAUUUUAUGCCACUAAGGUCAAAUUGGCUGAUGUUCUUCCAUUGAACGGUACCAGUUGGGAACCAGACGUUAGACUCAAGUUCAAAGAAUUGGUGGAAAACCAACCCUUCUUGAUGGAAGUGGUCCAGAUGGAUGCCGGUGUCAUGUGUGUUCGACUAAAGGAUAAAAAUGGAUUGAAUUUGAGCACACGUUUGCUGCAGGAAGAUCUCGUAAGAAAAGCGACAGUGGAAAUUUCAGAUGAAUUGGAUCGAAUUCCUUCGGUGGUUGAAAUUCCUCCCAAAUCAACUGCUCAACAACUCAGUGUUCAAAAGUCUCCGAUUUGUUCUCAAAUUCCAAACGAGAACGUUGCCACCGAAAUUAAUAAUGUUUUUCAAAUUACUUCAAGAUUGAAUGGCUUUCGUUUCAAAAAAUUGAUUUGUGCAAGUGCCCCAUCUUGUGAAGUGAAAAGCGAGAUAGUGUCUUCAGUGGUGCCAUCCGUCAAAUCCAAAGAUGGGGUAGUUCCAGAAAAAUCAAGCGAUCUUCUGCGGCAACUGAGCAGUAAUGUUUUCCCAACGAAUAAAAGUGAAACUUCUUCUCCUGAUGCUGUCUCUGGACCCAACAAGGUCGAAGGAACUUCAAAUGCCAACACAGCUAGUGAAAUUUUCUACAGUGAUGGCCCAUUCUUGGAUUUACCUGAAAGCGGAAGUUUCCAAGCCCUGAUCAUUAAAGCCGAAGAUCCUAAGCAUAUACAUCUGCGUGUCACUAGCGAAGAGAUAUCAACAAAACUGGCCCAAUUAGAGGAUGCUAUGGUAACUUACGCAAAUGAUUUGGGAGGUAGUCAUUGUCCCAAGAAAAAUGAAGUCUGCAUUGUACGUUUCCCCAAUGGCCAGUGGUACAGAGCCUUUUGCGCUGGUUUGGAUUCCGAUGGCAAUCGCUACAUAUUCCAACAAGUUGAUCCCUAGUGGCACUUUUCCUCCCUUGGACGUCCAUGGCACGUCUGUACAUCCCAGCCAUAUCUACAUCCAAAUUGAAAAUUUCUGAUGGAGACAAGACAGCCAUAGGAUGUCUAGCAAUGAUAGCCUAAAGAUGUCCUUUUUUUGUCCUUGUUACCUCCAGGAGACAUCCGUUAGGUCAUCGUUUUUAUUAUAAUUUUUUAAUUAUUAUUUUAUUUUAUUUUAUUUUAUUUUUUUUUAUUUUUAUUUUUUUUCCCUCAUGACCGAACA